AUGGAGGAAUGCGAAACGAAAGACAACUUUUGUGCGAACAGUGACGAGUGCAAAGAUGGCAACUCGGUUGCUUCGGAUAUUGUCGAAGACAGAGAUACUGGCUUUGUAGAAGAAACCCUGUCGAAUUCAGAUAAUUUCGAGAUUGAAAGCGGUGUGGAAAGUGCAACUGGAGAUGUUACUGAGGCUGACUGGACGGAACUGGCUGAAUUGUUAGAUCUGAAUUCGUAUCUCACCGGCUCGGAUGAAAGUUUACGUUUGGGCGACCUCGACUUGACCACCGAACAAGCACAAGAAACGCUGAAAUAUUUCAGUGAGUAUUGCGAUUUGAUAUAUUUGAUUUCAAAUAUUAAUAAUGUGAGAAAAUUUAUUGCUAAACGCUUGUUGUGUUGAAACAAAAAAGUCUUAUACCAAAUUCUUCAGUAAGACAACCUUUGUUUUGACGAUUUUUAAGGCAAAUGUUUAACCUUUAUUUGUAUAUUUAUAAAACCAGCGAACGGGUUCAACAUUAAGCUUAGACAAGAAAAAUAGUGAAAGGUCUUUUUCUUAAUAUUAUAUUGUGUCCUCCAAAAUAAUUUCAGUUCCUAAUUGUUUCAAACAAAGAAUUGAAAUUGAAGUACAAAACAUCUGUGCUUUGUAAGUUCUUUAUUAGAAGCGGAUUAUUUCCUCUUUUGCUUAUGUAACCGGCCGAAGUGUUUUUGAUUGAAUUGUAAACUUAAAGUUAUCAUUAUGGAGGCAUGCUCUUGAUCUUGAAUACUUUGACUUUUGAUAUUUUACAUGUAAACUUCAUAUAUGGUGCCAGUUAUUGUUCACAAGACAAAGCUCCAGAAAAUUUAGCGCUUUGUCUAUUUAUGCAAUCUUUUGUUUUCUUAAUUUGACUUGGAUUAAGUUUAUAAAGUUUUUUUUUGACAUGUUUUGUUUAUGAAAACUCAUAAGCUCUCAACUAUGAUAAUAUUAAACCAUUUUCGCAUGAGUCCACUCUAUAAAUGUAUACAAAGAACUUUACACAGGGGUCAUUCCACAGUAUUCCGUCUGUUGCGGAAGGGAAAUUCAGAGACACUAAUCAUGUUGUAGUGUAAUAAGUUUUUUUCAUUUACUUCUGGAUAUUUAGGGAGUUUUUAUGUCUUUUAGGGAGCUAUCANUAUAUGAUGCCAGUUAUUUAAUCGUGUUCACAAGACAAAGCUCCAGAAAAUUUAGCGCUUUGUUUAUUUACCCAAUCUUUUGUUUACUUAAUUUGACUUGGAUUAAGUUUAUAAAGUUUUUUUUUUGACAUGUUUUGUUUAUGAAAACUCAUAAGCUCUCAGCAAUGAUAAUAUUAAACCAUUUCCGCAUGAGUCCACUCUAUAAAUGUACACAAAGAACUUUACACAGUUUAUGUUGUGGGUAAAAUUUCUUCUUAUGUUUUAACCAGUAUUCAACCCAUUAAGGAUUUAAGUUUUUGCUGGACAGUUCUUACCAUGGUUCUGGUUUAACCCUUUAAGCCCCAAGAUCCAAAUACAAAUUCCCCAGACUGAUCUCCAUACAUUUCUUUAAAGAAUAGUUGAGAGAAUUUGGUUUAAGAUCAAAGAGUUCUCCCCUUGGUGAUCAAUUUAGAAAUUCUCAUAACCUUUACUCUUAAUGAUCUGCUGUUGUUGUUAGGAGAAAAUUGAUGUUGGUCACUCUUGGGGCCUAAAGGGUUAAAAAGUACCUAAAACUUUUACAUGUAUCCACGGCAGAACAAUAUUUAUCUUUUGACAAACUUCUCCGCUCUUCUAUUAUACUGUCUCUAUAGACAUCCAUUUAUGAUUUUUCAUGUAUUGAGGAAAGCGGUCUGAAAUGCAUCAGUUUUAUGGAUGUCUGUGGGCAUGACCUCUAACAUCAAUAACGCAGGCUUUUAAGUCUCCCAGUGUGAGUUUAACAUGGGAUUUUCCACUGAUUAGCUAGCUCAUACAGUCUAGUCAAUGUAUUUGGAGCAGAGUUUAGAGACUUGACUAAUAAAGUCAGUCUAUGACAAUCAUGUGCAGCUCUUCUGACGUCAGUCUGAGAUGCCCAGGGUUGAGGUGUAGGAAAGCCCCAAAGUGGCCAAAGUCACAAUUCAAGAAAGUUUCAAUUUCAUUUUAUAAAAUGCUAACAAAUACAAGUAAUAGUACCAUGUGAAAGCACUGCCAAAAAGUUUCAUUUGAAUGGUCGCACCAAACGAUUUGAGCCCCAUUCUCCAAAGCUAGAUUCACCAUACAGGACUUCAUUGUUCACUGUGGUAGUAAAAGCAGGGCAUAUCUAAUCGAUAGAAAUCGAUCAUCAAAAAUGUAAUCGAUUAAUCGAUAAUACUCGAUAGUACUCGAUAUUUGUCGAUGGAUUAGUCAAUUUAAUAUUGAUUGAAAUCUAUAAUCACAAAUCUUUUGUCACAUCUAUGGAAAUUGAAAAUCAAAAACAUGAUCUGAUCUUAUCAUAACACUUCAUAACACUUACCUUCAAGCUUACCUUCAAAUCUGCUUUGUUGAUAAAGAUGAUGUUACUUCUUUCUCCAAUGGUAGCAUUUUCUUUUCGAUCAUUGUUGAACAAAUCGUUAAGAUCAAUAGCUAAUUACAUAAAUCAAUCAAAAUUGAUAAUCACAAAGACGCGAGUGAUCGAUUUCUAUCAAUUUUCGAUGGUAAUCGAUUUCUAUUGACUUUCAAAAGUAUCGAUUAGAUGCGCCCUGGUAAAAGGCUUAAUUUUUUCUACCCUUCUUUUAUAAUUUGGCUGUGUGUGUUUUUGAUUUGUUUUACUUUCCACAUGGUAAAGGAUUGUUACCAUACAGUUUGAUUGUUUCUUGAAUGAUGCAGAUUUCUCUUAGGCAAACUGCUCACUUUUUAUCCAGACUGCUCACUGGUGCUAGAACGUUGUACUCAAAUUAGCGUUUGUACCAGAUGGGCUUAUUUCGAAAAAUUGCCUGCCCAAAUUUCUGUAUUCAUAUGGUUGAUUCUUGGUCGAUAACAUUUAAUACAUAUAAUAGUAGAUAGUUUGAUGAUUUCAUUCUGUUUUGAAUUUGUCAUUUUUUUUAUUUGUUCAAGGUUUUUAUGUGUAAGAAGUCAUUGUUCUUCUUGUAUAUUUUAAUGUAUUUUUUACAGGUCAAAUUUGAUUUCAGGUUAAUUUUGAUUUAACCUAGGUUGAUUCUGAAUUUCCAAUGUCUCCUAGCCCUAGAAGACAAGCAAAAUUGAGAACCAACCUAGGUUAAAAAAUUUUAACCUGAAAUCAAAUUUCACGUGUAACAUAUUCAUAAAAGUUAUGCAUAAUGAUAUUUUUGCACACUAAUAUUAUUCAUGGAAAUUUCACCUUGAUUCAGGAAUGCUUUGCUCUGGGUAUCCAGUCAUGAAAUUUUGAAAUUAUUUUUUCAGGGAUUUAUUUUUGCAAGCAUUUACUGAGUGUCACUAUUUUUCUCACAACUGCUUUUUUAGUCAGCGUGAUAUUUAUUAUAUUCCUGGGGAUUUUCAAAACUCCUUUAAAUCCAAACAUAGACUUAACUCAGAUAUAUACCUGCACUUUGUGGUUGAUAUACUAGCAUAUAUUAAUUCUAAUUGUCUGAACUGCAUUGUACCAUUAAACCAGUUGGUAAAAAUAUUAAAGAAGGAAAUAAAAAGAACAAUUUACUUUUUAAAACUCAGUUCUUAAAAUUAUUUUGUCCACCUUGAAAAAAAGAUAUCAAGUUUGCAAUAAUUUCUGAUAGGUAUAAAUUAAAUGAAGUUUGACACAAUGCGCACUGAAUGUAAAUUGUAAUAUUCAGGUUCCGAAGUGUUUUAAGGGUUGAGAGUCAAUCUGUCUCUUUAGACAGGUGAUUCAUUCAGAUAGAACAAAAGCUUUAUGAAUGGCUCCUGUAUUUCAAUUGAAUGUUAUUGUUCUUAGCACUUUCCAAAGGAAGCAUGAUACUUGAUGAAUUAUUGAUAACUUUCAUGCCUACUAAGUGUCUUGACAGUACUAUAAGGUACUAUAUACUAAAGUGCAAAUUUAAUUAUGUCUGGAAAUUUAUUGGAAGGAGUUUUAGUGCUGGAGUCAGCAAAUUUGUAUGGUUAAUACAAUGUGGAAGGAGACAUGUUUUCACACUCACCCAACAUCACUGGAGAAGUUAAUUUCAUGACACAUUGUAAUAAUAUAUUAUUACGAGAUGAUUUGCUAAGUUUGGUUCUAACAAAAAUCAGUUUUCAUGCAUCAGUUAGAAGGCCAGGUUUGGGUGAGAAAGAUGAUGUGAUUUGGCACCAAGCACAAAGUUUAUGUUCACUUCAUGUUUUGGAACAAUAUUAUUUUUCAGCAGAUUUUGUUCUUCAAUGAUAUUGAUGUGGAAAGUGAAAAUUCCAUGAAAUGACUCUACUACAUGUAGUACUUGAUGUACACAUUACUAUUGCUGUUUAAAGAAUUAAACUUUGCUCUCUUUAAUUUUUUUUUUUACAAAUCUUAAUGGCAUAAGCAGUUGAUUAUUUCUGUUCUACCUAUUGUUAUUAUUAUUAUUAUUUUCUUGGACAGGUCACUUUUUAAUACCAUCUAUUUUAAAACUUGCAACAUAUGUCACCCGUACUUGGCAAUAAAUAUAAUUUUGACAUAAUUUUAGUAUGUAAUAUUUUGCAGAGUUUAGCAGAUAACAGUGAAUUUGUUAAAUAAAUGCACAUAUUAAUUGUACAAAUGUCAAAGACCCAAUCAGAGAUAUGCAAAUUAUAUUAUUUAGUAACAUCGUAAUAGCUGUUGUUGUUGUCCCAGGGUGAAAGGGAGGCAAUCUUCUAGGGUUACAUGUAUGUGUAACACUGAAUAUUAUUAUUAUUAAUUACCUAAUCUAAGUUAAAAAUUGUCAGAUAAUGCAUGCAGAUAUUUGGAGUCACACAGUACAGUGCGUUUUAAUUACUGUGAUCUCCUAGACUGACGCAAGAAAAAAUGUGAGCAAUGAGUCUAAUAUCUGUGUGUUAUCUGUCGAACCAUCAGUUGAUUUUAAAGGCUUUAUUCAAAUCCUGAGAAUGUUCUACUUUAUAAUCUCCAAGUUAGCUUUGAAUUGUUGACCUGAGUUGCAUUUACAUUUUCACUGUCAAAUUGUGUUUUUUUACAUUGUGGUAUGAGUGUAUGUUGGGACCGUUCUGUCAGUAGAGUGAUGGCAAAUUUGAAUGACAAUAUUAUUGGUAUUUUUAUUUUUACAGCAUUAGCGUCAGACAGAACUAACCAAAUGACCAAGACCCAUAAUGAUCUUGAUGCUAUUCUACAACUCUUGCAAGAGGUGAGUUAAAUUUUCUCUGCUUAAUGCAACUUGGUUCUAUAAUUGGUUAUACAGUAAUGGCAUCCAUGGCGAAAAUAUGGCCUGAGUUGGCUUAUUGAGUUGUUUAAGUCUUGUAUGAGCAUUAUAUUAUAUAUAAAGUACCGUAAAGUUCCCAAAGUAAUGACCCCCUGAAAGUAGCGACCUACACAUGUAUCAAAAGUAGUGAUAAAAUUUCACAGGUGCUAGCAAACGCCAAAAGUGGUGACCCUCGGAAAAUAACAACCCACCGAAAGUAGCGACUUCAAAAGUGAUUUCCCCUCCUUCUAGAAAAAUGGAAAUUAUAGUUACAACAAGCUUUACUGAACUGAUGACACAAGAUCUAUUUUUUAAUGGUUAUAAUAAUGAUCUUUGACAUUCCUUUAUGUAACUCAAAAGGUACAUUACAUCUUUUUUUUUCAAAAAGUCUUUCUUUCGUCUGUGAAUACCCACACUGUAAUCAAACAAUAAUUCUUUUGAAUAUUUAUUUAAAGAGCAACGACAUGAAAUAAGUUUCUCCCAUUAAUAAGUGCGAAUGUUUUCACAAUUAUUGCAAUAUUAUUACCGUAACUUCGUACAGCCCAUGUACGAUACACAGUUUAGCUUUCCCGAAAGUAGCUAUAGCAAAAGGCUGCUUAAGCUGAAAGUAAUGAAGGUUGUUACUUUAUUUCUGAACUCAACAGUAUGAUUUAAGUAUAAUUUGUAUCCUGACACCAAUACAGUGUUGUUUAUUGCUUUACAGUCAAGCUAGGCCAAGCUAAGCUUACCCCCACGGAUUCCAUUAAUGAACUGACCAUUUUAAAAACUGAACUAGUUUUUGCUGCUAAUGUUAUCUAAUUAUUCAAAUCUGAUUCCUGCAUGCAUAAAGAGCUAAGAAAUUUUUGACUGUUAGGUCUCUGUAUAUAUUUGGUGAGGUUGAAAAACCUUUCAUUUUUAAAUAGAUCAUACCAGUAUAUUGACUUCUAUAAGAAGGCUGGGGAGCUUUUUAUCCAUUGGAUAGCAUUUUUAAAUUUUAAACACCCAUGCCAGACUGAUCACUGUUAAAUUCAUAUUUCAGUGGUUUUUCCUAGUAGGGAUAGCUUUCAAUGAUUAAUAUUUUUUCCUCCAAAUUUUUGUUUAAUAGAAAGAGAAAGACCUAGAGCUUGCUGCCAGGAUUGGACAGGUGAGAACAUUGUCAAAUACCACAGCUACAUGUUAAGUUGAUAAUGCACAACUUGUGUGCGUCUUGUCUUAAUAUUCAAGUUUUUGUUGAUGACUGUAGUCUCUGAUCUACUGUCCAUCUUUGUUUGUAACACCUGCUUAAGAAGCUGUCAUGCAAGAAUCAGCCUGCUGACUUACUCUAAUCUCUACCACUGAGCGAGGACUAAUUUUUACCUGUCUGGGUGCUAUAAUUAAUAAAUAUUAUAAAUAAUAAAUAAAAUUUAUUUUCUCUUGAGGUACACAGGUGCCAACUUUUCAUUUUGUUACUCUUCUAGUCCUUAUUGGAAAGAAACAAGCAGCUAUUGGCUAAAACGCAAGCUUUUGAAAGUUUUGUUGCUGAAUGUGAUGAAAAGGUCAGUACAAGAAUGUUUAAGGGGAGCUGUCAUUAAAGUUUUAAGUGGCUUCAUGGUCUCUCAUGGAAAGUAGUUAUUUAUCCGACAGAUCCUCCUUUAGGUUGAGUUUGAGCGUGCAGGUGAACGUAGUCCUGAAUAGGACUGUUGUUGUUGACAGUGACCGACAUUUCGACAACCUGUGUGGUAGUCAUCUUCAGAGUCAAAGUGAGUUGUAUCACGUCAGUUGAUGGUAUUAAACUCGGGUUAUUGGUCUGAUUGGGACAGUCCUAUUCAGGACUACAUUCACCCAGACGAUCAAACUCAACCUACUUUUGAAAUGACUCCUGGGUUCAAACCUUUCACAAAUCCCCCUUUGUUUGAUCGUUUGACUCAUUUUCANAAGUUUUGUUGCUGAAUGUGAUGAAAAGGUCAGUACAAGAAUGUUUAAGGGGAGCUGUCAUUAAAGUUUUAAGUGGCUUCAUGGUCUCUCAUGGAAAGUAGUUAUUUAUCCGACAGAUCCUCCUUUAGGUUGAGUUUGAGCGUGCAGGUGAACGUAGUCCUGAAUAGGACUGUUGUUGUUGACAGUGACCGACAUUUCGACAACCUGUGUGGUAGUCAUCUUCAGAGUCAAAGUGAGUUGUAUCACGUCAGUUGAUGGUAUUAAACUCGGGUUAUUGGUCUGAUUGGGACAGUCCUAUUCAGGACUACAUUCACCCAGACGAUCAAACUCAACCUACUUUUGAAAUGACUCCUGGGUUCAAACCUUUCACAAAUCCCCCUUUGUUUGAUCGUUUGACUCAUUUUCAAACUUAUAGAAGCAGGCUAAAUUUGCUGCAGUAGCUGGCUAACAAAGCUGGCUGCUAAUGACUUCAAUAAUCAACUUGUUUUAUAAACUAAAAUAAAAAUUUUGUUUUACCAGGAAACCCAGCUUCAGCAUGAGGUGUCUAUGAAGAAUGAACUGCUUCAGAAAUUUUUGAGGGAUCAAGAAUUAGAAGAGUACUAUCAGCUGUCUCAUCGCUCAGAUGAAGACAGUCGAAGGUGAGCUGAAUUACACCAUUUUAAAAUGUCAAUCAAUCUUUAUUCAUGGGGUCACUUCAUUAAAAAGGCUCGAAUGUAAGUUUGCCCAGGCUGAUCUGAUUUUAAUACUCUCCAUAAGGGGUAGGCUCAUCAGAGCGUAUAGCAUAGACCAGUAAUGCAAUAAAAAAAUAUCCUCUUAAAAAUAUUCCACUUAAUAUGACAGAUCUAGAGAUCCAAUGAGAUUUCUUCAACCAUGGCCUGAAGUAGACUUUGUACAGAUAGCCAAGUAGUUUGUAAAAAAAUCUCUCCUGGGACUGCUGGUUAAUUAGUGCAUCCCUAAAUAAGUGGCAAGUCAUUUACCCUACGAGCAGUGGUUUCUCCAAGCUGGACGCUACACUACGAAGGGAUAGAACUCUCCCUUCGUAGCAUAGUGUCCGGCCUGGAGAAACCACUGCUGGCAGGGUACAAGUCAUUAAGCUAUGCUCUAAAAUGUGCUUAAUUCUCUUCUUUUUGCAGUAGCGACAGUUUUUGCAGAGAUGAAUCAAUCAACUCAUUACAGCAGAAAUGUCAAGCCUUGGAGCAACAGAACACACAUCUCAUCUUAGAGGUAUGACAAUAAAUGACCAACAGUAUAUCGAAGGUGAUUCUUACAAUAUGCAAAAGUAUUAGUUAAACCACUGUGAUGUCUCAUAUUUAGGUUUCUAUAAUGUGAUUCUUUAGCUCUGGAAAUUACAAAGAUUUACUGUAGACUUGCUUGGAUGAAUUUUGUAGGCUUUGCAGAUAAAGGAGGAGACAGCCUCAGUUGAAAUGAAGGAGCAGCAACUUGUCUUAGAUUGUGUCAAGCAACUAGGUAAGUGAAUCAGUCCCUCCUAGGAAAUCUAAAGUAAAAGGAGAAAUAAUUUAAGUAGGUGGAAAUAAAUUAGCUCGAAAUCACAGAGGGUAGGUAUGGGAGGGAGCUGGCCCCCAUCUUUUGUUGAACUCUAGGGCUUUUCCCAGGAAAAGCAGCUACAAAACAAAUACUUUUGCACUUUGAAUUUAGGCUUCGCAAAAUGAUUUCAUUUGAUGAUAAUAUUAUUUGUGUCUUUGAUAGUUGAAGCAAAAGAUCAGAUAACUUCCCUGACUGAUGAGAUUUCUCAGAAAGCAGACGACAAUAUCAGGCAACAGGUAUGUAUAUCAUUUUCUUGAACAGAAUACAAAAUAAGGGUCUUAUUUUUGGUUGUGUGUGCAGCCUUUCACUUGAAAGCAUACCUAAAAGAAAUCCUUUUUUUUUUUGUUAUUUUCAUUACUUAAUUUCAGCUCAUUACUUUUUCCUUUUUUUGAUCAUGCAAAGUGUGUAGUAAAAAUCUUAUUUUCUUACAAUUAGAGCAAUAAACAUUGAAUUCUCUUUUGGUAUCGUUAAUAACCUAGUUGCCACCACAAGUUUUUCUGAAAAACACUGUUUGAAGCUACAGACAAGCUGUUUCCUGGUCAGCAUCUGGCCAAAACAAGAAAAGACUGCCCAAGAGGUUGUUUACAAGUUGAGCACUAUGUUGGCUUUUGUUCUUGAUGCUUCAUGUAUAAGUUCCAAAGUUCAGGCUUGCACAGAAGGCAAAGUUUCUCCUCUUGACUUUCACCUUUUGGUUUCUCUACUUCUCAUUUCUUUUGUUUUCCUUUCACUGAACAUUUACUAGGCCUCAUUUUGGUUGGAAGUUUCCAUAAAAAUGUGGAAUAUCGUUGAGUUAAUUCAAAGGUACAGUGUAAAUGGUUUAGGAAAUUUUAAGCAAAGACUUUUUUUCUCUUUUUAGGAAGAAAUCACCCAUCUAAUAACAACAGUUGUGGAUCUUCAGACAAGGCACAAGGAAGUAAGAUUAUACCUUUCAAGGCUCAAUGUCCACGGAGAAAUUCUCUUGACUGAUCUCUGUGCAUUUCGUUAAGAAUAAGUAGUGAGAAUGUGAUAAAAGAUCAAAGCAUUUUCACUUUGAUGAUCAUUUUAUUAAUUCUCAUAACCUUUGCUCUUGAUGUUGUACUGAUAUUGUCAGGAGAAAUUUGCCGUUGGUCACUCUUGGGACUUAAACAGGGUUUGUACAGAGUCUUGAAUUCUUGAAAAAGUCUUGAAAUUUGCCCAACAAUUUUCCAGACUUGUUAAAUACUGGAAAAUAGAGAUAAAGUCUGGAAAAAAAUGGUAAAAAGUCUCGAGGUUUUUUGAAAGCUAGAACAAGUGCUUUACAAGUGAAAUUUUUUUCCUGUUGGUCAAAUCGUAUUCAAUCUUACCUGUAUGUUUGCAGUGCAUCAUUGAAAAGGGUUUGUUUCUGUUUUUUUUUUUAAGGUCUAUAUUGAUCACCUAUUUGAUAACCUUGAGUCUGGAAAAAGUAAUUAUUUUUUUGGAAAAAGUCUGGAAAAAGUCUUGAAUUUUUUGGAUCCAAAAAUCUGUAUGAACCCUGUUAAAGGGUUAACGAUAUGCAUUCUCCUAACUGUACUUGUAAUUUCUUAUGCUACUGGUGCAUGUUAUAUUUGGUGAUCUUUCCUCUAUUGCAGGGCUUUGAUUAAGAGCAGGGGGCCAGGGAUUUUCUCUGGUUAGUACGAACAUGACCCCCACCUACUUUAGAAGGAAAAUGGAAGAAAAAUAGAACCAAACAAUAUCCCUAGCAGCUUGAUUCCCCGCCUACUUACACCAUUUACCUGGCAACCUGAAAUUUUAAUGACAGCCCUGCUCUAUUGUAAUGGCUAUCAUAUUAACUGUUCUGCAAUUUUAUGUGCAACAAAAAGUGAGCUGUUAUUCUGUCAUGUAAGUGCUCAUGUUAUUUUUCUGUUUUCAGCUGUCAUCGAAUAAUGACGAUUUACAAAGUUUGUUAAACUCAUCCCAGGCCAAUCAAGAACAGCUGAAGACUCAGGUGAUUGCCGUUAAAUUAAGAGGAAAUUAUUUUUAUUUUCUUAGGUUCGCCAAUGCUGUCAUGGUCACCAAUUACUGUGGGCCCAUAACAGUCCCUCCCCCCUUUAGAGAUAGACCACCACACCUGGGUUUACUUUCCCUACUCUUUACGAAUGGUGUGUGGGUUUCUUCAAUGUCCCAGGGAAUUUAUAUGUGCAUGGGUUGUGAGACAGGGCCUAUGGUUUAUCCUCCUUAUCCAAGAAGACUAGAAAGUUUAACGAUUAUUAUGUAAGUUUCACUUGGUGAACGAACCAGACAAGUAUGGCGAGACAAAUCCUGUCAUGUACCAGGGUUGUCAUUAAGAGUCGAGGGCUGGGGAUUUCCCCCUGCUAUAGUUAGUGUGGCCCCCGGCUACUUUCAUAGGAAGAUAGAAAAAAAAAAGCCAAAAGAAAUCCCUAGCUGUUUGAUUCCCUGCCUACUUCUUGUAUUUACCCGGCAACUUGAAAUCUUAGGGACAACUGUGAUGUACAAACACACGAAAAGAACUCAGCAGAUGCUGUUCGCUGAUUGGUCAAAAUAAUACAAAGCAUAUUUUGUGACCAAUCAGGGGCCACCAUUCACUUGAACAUUUGGAAUUGGUCUGGUGAUGGUCAGUAGCGAGGGGCUCUUCUGCCCGUGCUUUUGUCACACCUUUUCUCCCUCGUGACUGACUGCCUCUGGAUCACCGAGGAUGAUCAUUAGCAAGAGCUAAAUAAAAACUGUUUGUUUCAGGUUAAUGAUUUGCAAGAAAAAUACCAUGAAUGUCUGGAGAUGCUGAUGGAAAACCAGGUGAUUUAA